AUGCUUCCGAUCACGUACUUCUUCAUCAAGGACCACAAGCACGAGGCCGCCAAGUUCUCCGAGUACAUUGCGCAGGUCUGGCAACUCAUCCAGAAGCGCGCAAUGUGGCAACUCAUGCUCUUCAACUUCUUUUACAACCUCUUUGGCGGCGGCUUCUCUUCGACCGCCGCGCCGUAUGUGCAGCUGCACUGGGCCAAGGUCGAGAACCUCAACAGCCAGAUCAUGACGAUCGUCUCCAACCUCAUCUUUGCUUGCAUUGUUGCGUCCAUCGGCCGCUGGGGCACCAACUGGAACUGGCGCAUCGUCGUCGUCUCGACCACCUUGACGACGGCGUGCAUCGACUCGGUCGUUCAAUUCUGCACCUUCUACGACGUCCUCCGCAACCAGUGGUUCUACCUCGGGGUGCCGUUGGCCGAGCAGCUGCCCCAAGGCGUCCUCUUCAUCGUCACGACGUUCAUGAUUGUCGAGCUCGCCGGUAUUGGCAACGAAGGCCACCUUUACUGCACCAUCUACGACGUGCUGCGCAACCAGUGGUUCUACCUCGGUGUACCCAUCGUCGAGAUGCUGCCGCAGGGCGUCCUCUUCAUCGUCACGACGUUCGUCAUUGUCGAGCUCGCCGAGAUUGGUAACGAAGGCAUCGUGUAUGGUCUCCUCACGACGGUCUCGAACCUCCCGUCGGCUGUCGGCCCGGUGCUGGCCAACCAGAUCUACUCCAACUUCCGUGUCGACGAAGACUCGAUCAUUUCGGACACCGACGACGCGCGCAACCAAGUCGCAUACACGUACAUGAUCUACUAUGCGGGCUUUCUCAUCGCGGCCUGUACGUCCUACUUCCUCCCGUCGCAGAAGCUCCAGCUUCACGAGCUCCAGCGCAACGGCGGCAGCUACCCGGUCGUCGGUGGUGCGGUCCUCAUCUUCUGCUUUUGCAUGCUCGUCUACUCGAUCAC